AUGGUGAUAGAAGGAAUAGUCUUGGGCCACAAGAUUUCACGCCAUGGAAUUGAAGUAUACAGCGCCAAGAUUUCAAAAAUAGAAAAUUUACCUCCUCCAGUGUCUCUUAAAGGGGUUCGAAGUUUUCUGGGUCGUGCUGGAUUUUAUAGGAGGUUUAUAAAGGACUUUUCAAAAAAUUUGAAGCCUGUAUCUACUUUAGUUAUGAAUGGUGUGGUAUUCAACUUUUAUUCUGAUUGUUUAAGGGCGUUUAACACACUAAAGGAUACAUUUGUAUCUGCUCCAAUUGUUGUAUCACCAAAUUGGAAAAUUCCUUUUGAAUUAAUGUGUGAUGCUAGUCAUUAUGCAGUAGGAGCGAUUCUUGGACAAUUGGAAAAAGAAGAUGAGCAUAAUGUUAAAGAGGAACCAAUUAAUGAAAUUUUCUGGAUGAACAAUUAUUUUCGAUUUAAUGUGAAGAGAAGAUACCAUGAUGCUAAUGCCUUUGUUAAGAGUUGUGAUCGUUGCCAAAGGGCCGGUAAUAUAUCCAGAAGAGAUCAAAUGCCAAUGACUGGAAUUCUGGAGGUUGAGCUGUUUGAUGUGUGGGGAAUAGUUGCAACAACUCUUACUUGUGAUGGUAAGGAGGUACUUAAAUUUCUUCAUAAGAAUAUUUUUACUCGGUUUGGUACUCCAAGAGCCAUUAUUAAUGACAGAGGCAGUCGUCUCUAUAAUAAAUCAUUCAUAACUCUAUGCGCUCGUUAUGGAGUUCAUCAUAGAAUGGCCCUGUUUUAUCAUCCACAUGCUAAUGGUCAAGUUGAAGUGUCAAACUGGGAAAUCAAAAGUAUUUUAGAAAAAACUGUAAACACAUCAAGGAAAGAUUGGUCGAAAAAUCUUGAUGAUUCAUUGUGGGCUUAUCGCACAGCCUUUAAGACUCUGAUUGGUAUGUCAGCAUAUCGGUUAGUAUUCAGGAAGGAAUGUCAUUUAGCAGUUGAACUUGAGCAUUGA